AUGAUUGAAACAAAAGCUAUUGAAUAUAAAAUGUUUUUAGAAAAGUUUGAUAAAUUGACGAAAGAUAUAAAAAUCUUGAUGGAUAGGUCAUCAGCAGUCCUUGCUCAAGUAUGUCUAAGAUAUGACUGCAUGUGUCCUUUGUUCUAGUUAUGAAAAUGUAGAAAUAGAGUGUCCUAGACAUGAAAGGUUGCUGGCUAUAAAUGAUAGAGUUAGGCCGCUUCAACUUGUUGCAGGAAACUCAUAGCUAGAAAGAACACCUCAACCUCCUGCCUACAUAGCACAUUAUAACAAUUACAACAACUAUAAUUAUAAAAGAGAAAGUGGUAAUACCUAUCAACCAUCAUUUCUCCCUCAAACAACUCAAAAUUUUCAGCAACAAGCUCCUUUCCAGCCAAUCUUAUGCCCACAGAAUUUUCAGUCCAUUCAAGCAACCCAUCUGGCUCAAAAUGAAGCCACCUUGGCUACUAAUGAAUUGUUGAAGCAGAUGAUGUAG